AUGAGUUGUCUUCCACUGGAGCUCUUACACCAGAUAUGUCUUAGUCUUCAUGCCGAUGGGUCGGAUUCACGCACAACCCUCUCAGCUUUCAGUCGGCUCAACCACGCAUGUUACGAACUAGCUGCUCCGCUUCUGUAUCAACAUCUUUCUAUCAAGUUCUGUGAUAUCCAAAGCCUCCAAAAGGCCGUCUCCGAGUUGACAGAAGAUGGCUGGGGACGUCAGUUCCUGAAAUACGCGCGGAAAUUAUCUGUUAUAGGGUUCAAUCCAGAGGAGGAGAAGGCACCGCCGGACCGUCAUUGGCAACUCAGAGCCACCCAAUAUGGAUCCUCUCGUCGCAUCCAUGAUGAGCCGGCCACGAGAGACUCUUUCCUGGAGUCUCAUUUGACAGAUCCUACUCGACAUGAUGUCGACGGAUUCCAUGUCCUCAAUCGUCCGUCCAGCUAUAAAAAAUGGAAAAGAGACUGGCAGCCACUUGCUGCCCUCAUCGUCCGCUUGUCGCAUCUAGCACAAUUUGAGUUUUUCCUUCGGGACAAUUUUCCAAUUGCUUUGCAGGACGCCAUAUCACAACAUCAUCCAAAAUGUCGACUGGAUCUGUUCUACUCGCAGAACGUCGUCGGCAGUCUGCCAGGUUUAGCAAGCGAGGUCGAUCCUUCUCUGCGGCUGGGAAUGGACGAAGACUGGAGCAUCGAUGUCAACCUUCUACGUCUCGAGGGACUGCAUACAUUACCCGUCCAAAUUCGGCGCAAACUUAACGGUCAAUCCGGCCCUCUAAACGUAGAUGAGAUGCUGCCCUUCCUUUUCCUGGCUCCUAAUUUGAAACACCUUCUCUUGCAGAAGAACGUGAUGAUCCAUCCAUCCCUAUACCCUCUGCUGAGGCAAAGAUGGCGCAGUUUUGCUGCCACCAUGCAACCUGUGCCGAUCUCUUCCUUGCAGUCGAUUACAAUUGGUCGACAAGGCGCAUACGAAGAUAUCCUACCCGUGCUGGCGAAUAUCGUGGAUCUUUCCCAACUCCGGUCUCUGAAGCUUGAUGAUUUAUGGGACGCAGCCAUGCUCACAGAAGUGGCUGCGGUUGUACCUAACCUCGAGCGACUCUUCAUCACCAUGGAUGCCCGUGGCUGGAGCUAUCCGGAUCUCAAUGUUGAUAAUCCUAUUGGGAUUGCCGGAAUAUGCGCAUUCAAUCCCCUGAAAUAUCUCUAUCUUUGUGGUCUUCGCAGCGCCUCGUCUUUGAACGCCAUCAUACAGCGCCAUGGCGCUACACUAAAGGGCCUUAUCAUUGAACCGUCCACUACGAUUAACACUCCGUCAAUUGUAUCAAAUUCUGGCUAUAAAUAUCCAGAAUUGGAUGCAUCUGGAAUCCGUCAUCUAGCCGAGUCCUGUCCACAGCUCGAGGAAUUACGUCUCCCCAUCAGAAGAUCCAUGGGCGAUCAGAAAGAGUGUGAAAUGUACAAGGCCAUGGGCAGCUUUUCUGCCCUCCACAGCCUGGCACUAGAUCUCCAUUUCGACCCUCGACCACGGUCGGUGAACCGAAGGGAAGAAAUCGCGCCAUCUGUUCUUAGAGAGAUAUUCGUCAACGCGGCUAUGGAUGAGAACCUCGCUCUCCAGAUCUGGCACUUGAUUUCGUCGAACCAAGUUUCCCACCGUCUACAGUAUCUUCGGAUUCUGCCUUUUGGUUUCCUGAACCUCCUGCACGAUGAUCAUCGGGUCGUUGAUUGGUUCGCUCGUUCGUUUUUGAUCAAUCGCUACAACUUCCAGAACGUGGGCGUGCCGACUAUCAUUGAGCUCGGGAAGAAGGAAAGGGUGAUAAUUAACCAAGCGCGCUAUGAAGGCUUGGGUGAGAGAGAUAUCCCGGAGAGGCUGGCACAGGUUCUUUCUGAUCUCUGGCCAUCUGAGCCGGUGAAUGGCUGGGAGUCUGAGCGCUGCAGCUUUCCUCUGCAGCCCAACGGUGCCUAA